GUCUUUUUUUCGGUAUGCCGCUCCGCGAGCAAGGAGCGCCGCGAGGAGAGCGAGAGAACGAAGUGGGCUUUGGUGAUGUCGGAAUUUGCACCUAUUUGUAUCUAUUUAGUGAUCAGUCCGCUAGUUUCUUUGAUUCCACUCGGUGUUCCUUUUCCAUUUGCUUCCAAUAGUUCGACCUAUCCAGAAAAAUUGUCGGCCUACGAAUGUGGUUCCGAUCCCUCCGGUGAUGCCAGAAGUCGUUUCGAUAUACGAUUUUAUCCGGUUCCUAUUUUAUUUAUUAUCCCUGAUCCGGAAGUCACCUUUUCUUUUCCUUGGGCAGUACCUCCUAACAAGAUUGAUCUGUUUGGAUCUUGGUCCAUGAUGGCCUUUUUAUUGAUUUUGACGAUUGGAUCUCUCUAUGAAUGGAAAAGGGGUGCUUCGGAUCGGGAGUAACCACUUUUGAAAGGGCAAAGGGGGGAAAAAGUAAAGUAUAAGCGACAUAUGGCACGAAAAGGAAAUCCAAUUUCGGUAAGACUUGAUCUAUCAUCUGAUUCUUGUUUUUUUCAAUGGGGGGGACUUUUCAUAGUUAUCAUUGUGAUAGCUGCUUUAGUAGUGGAUCCCUCCUUGAUCGUGACAGAUCAGGUUAGGCAAGCACUACUGGAAGUGAUUCUGUCACUUUUACAAUAUGUUUUGCUAUAUGGUGCCACGCUGAUUGAAGAAAUGGUACCGGCCCUCUGGGGGCAGGAGCGAUGUGGGACCGUGGGCACAGGGGGGCUUGAAAGUCCUUCCCGUUCGGGGCAGGAAACGUACAAAGCCCCACACGUUCAUCUAAUGCUAUCAUCUGAUAGUGAUAGUGAGAGCGUUAACCAAAGGGGUGGGAGCGAUGUGCCUCCUUUAACUAUUGACUUGAACCGACCGGCUCAGGAUCAGGAAGAUAUUAGGCAAUAUGCCGAAUCCAUAAAGGAUUUUAGAAUUGACGAGCAAUUCGAGAAUUUCAAAAGGAAUGAUUCCACUUCCCCGCUCUAUGAUCAAUUAUGUGCCUACGUGGGAGAUGCUGAUGUUGUCAAAAACAAGUGUAUCCGAGAGAUCUCGGAGAACUUUCAUUCAACAGACGCUGGGUUAAUUGAUUUCGUCAAUCAGACGGAUGACACUGAAGGGCAAAGAAGAGUUAUAUGGGAUUUGAUAAAGCUUCAUUUUCAAGAUGAGCUUGAUAAGAUCCCACCCGAACUACAACAAAAUGCAAAUCAAGAGGAGGAAUGAAUGGUCGCCAUCAUCAUCAUUCUAUUUUUCGUUAUCAAGAUAAAGGGCUUCAUUUGAAGAGUUAGUUGGCCGGCCUACCGGCCCGCAGAUGUAGAGAAAGAGAUAGAGGUUGCCUCUCUUCUUGAACUGCGAAACCAAAGGGACGCUUGGAAAGAAGGGAACGCACGGCUCUUAUCUGGUUCGAAUCCAGUUCGUCCCGGCCACAAAGACUACACCAAACUACACUAACUAUGAGUUUAUGAAAGCAAGAACUACUAAUUGUAAAAAUUACAAUCGAAAGCCCCCCCCCCGGUAGAAAACCUGCUAUCGUUUCAUAUAUGCGCUAGGAGAUAGUAUCCUAUCCCCCUCAAUCUCAGGAGUCGCUUUCUCUAUGCCCGACUUACGAGCUCUUUGCUUAUUAUUUCUCGGGUGGGAUGAAGGUCGAAAUGUCUAGUUUGAAUUGCUUAUGCUUAUAUAGUUUGAAUCGUCUAGCUUCAUACCAAGGUUGUUCUACAAAAGAACCAAGUAAGAAAGUAAGCCCGUUCAAUUGAAAUAGCUUCCUCGCUUCGCAGUUCGAUACCCACUGAAACUAUGGAUACGAUAGACUCGGGAGGGGGAAAGGGUUACUUUAUUUGGGCUGCUAAGUCUUUCUUGUUGAUUCCGGAAAUAAAGAGGACCUUCUUAAUCCUUCGUGCUCCACACCCGCCUCACUGGACCUAUCCAUUCGAGCUCUCUCCUCUAAUCCCAACUCGACACGGCUGGACGACGACGCCUGUUCACUUAUAACGAAAUCACACGUUAAGCCCGAUGAAUUCAUCUACAAUUUCUGGAUUUGUCGGUUUGGCAAGGCAGAACCAGGGCCCUUCCAUUAAGGUUAUAUUAUAGUUUCGAUAGGAGAGAUGCAGACCAGAUAGGAAUGCAAGAAUACUCUGUAAAUUGUUUAUUAAUUGGUUUAGUCUGUGGAAGAGAAGUAUCGAUCUAGAGGAUUGCCCCCCCCCAGACUGACCUAGUUGUCCUUGACUUGCUUCGGAAAGAAAAGACCUAGUACUUGUUUACCUUGACCAUGGCUACUUUCCCGCCGCCUUUCCUUCUAUACUUUUCCUAUGUGCUAUCCCAGGCAUCCCUUGUCAAGCUACCUAUCCCUACGAAAAAGCAAGCCUACUUACUACGUGUUUUCCUCUAUUGGCAAAUACGCAUAUACUGACCUACUCACGUGCAUAUCUUGCAUAAAGCCUUCCCCUAAAAAAACAAACUAGCCCGUAUCUUCCUAGUCCUUGUUGCCAGCCCUACUCGACUUUACUCGACUAUUUAGAAAAAGCUACUACUUGAAUGCAUACUUUUACUAUUAUUUAAAGAAAAAACAAAAACUAUUUAUGAGUUUAUGCCCCACCAACAGAGCAAAAGAACGCUCAAAUGAGGAACUAGAAUAUGAAAGUGCAAAAUCUCCUACCGAACAAAGAAAGCACUAUAUCUCAUUUUAAAAAUCUGGUAAAAAUUCUUCAACCUAACUCAACACAACUAUAUUUCGACUGUAUAUGUAUGUUUGUAACGUGCCACAAAACCAUCUUAAGAUUAGACAGUUAUCAAUCAGCAAACGCAUUGACCACAUGCAAAAAAUCAAGACGGAUCUCCUUCCUUUUAUUCGGUGCUUUCCUUUUAUAAGUCACUGCUAUUCUUCCUUGACCCUUCUUACCUUUGCUAGAUUUUGCAUUCCCCUCAUUACUAUUCGGCUCAGUAUUAUCUUCACCUUUGGAAUUGCUUCCACCAGAAGUAGACGACAAGUACCGUAGAUGUCAUAAUUUCGUAUAUAGCAAAUUCAGGUAGUAAGUAAUGGAACUGUAGCAUGCAAAGGGACUGUACCAUGGAAAUUGAGAAGAAAUCUCCAUCAAGUUUUUCCAUUUUAUGCCAUAUGAAUAAGAGAUUCCUUUUAGUUAGAAAGCUCGCGUAGAAGUUUGCUAUCAAAGACCUCGGUAUUCUUUUCAUCCGCGGUUUCCCACUUCUCUGUCUCUGGGUGAAUGCCUCUACCAGAGGUUAUGCGCCAGCUUGGGAAAGCCUUAAGUUAUAUCUUAAUCUGUCUUGCAAGGUAGAUUGGAUCAUGUCCGCGAUAGAAGUUGCGGAGGAAUGAAACGACGAUUUCGGUAUAGGAAGAGAAAGGGAUUGUGCUUUCGACCGUGGCGAGAUAGGAUAGACUUGGGAUUCUUUCUUGGCCCUUGAUUGCCAACACUCUGGGGCUGAAUUAAUUAAUGAAACUAAUAGGAAGGAUUGGGAUGAUGAACUGGUGAGAUUCUUUCUUUCGCUGACUGACCAAGGUAAUUAAUUCCUUCCAUUGGCCAGGCGGGUAAGCAAGGAGACGACGUUCUCAUUAAAAAAAAUGAAAUAUGCCAUGCCGAAUUCAAAAACAACUCCUUAAACUCCGUCGUUUACCGACAUCCUCUCGGCUAUCAUACGUCCUCCGCUUAUCUCUCUUAGGCAUAGGCAUCUCAACACAUUCCUCCUUCCGAGUUGCUUGUCCGAACUUGGCUCUUUAGUAAAACGAAGGAGCUGCUAAGCUAUUAUUAGGUAUCAAUUUAGGAGCCUUUUUUCAUUUCCAACUACAUUAUUGUGAGCAUUCGGAACCCGUUCCUACGCGGUCAUCAAAUUGGCUGGCUUUGGACCCUCGAUCGCAGCAAUGAACUCAGCGUCCCACUUAACUUACUUUUGGUACUUUUGAAUCUUGUCCCAUCCCAUAGCUUCACAAGUGAAUCUACCUAUGGAUCCAUAAAGUUGAUCAUUACUUUUCAAAUUCUUAUUCCAUGUGUCCGCCAUAGCGCUUAUCUAUCUCCUGGUCUGAUUCAUCUUUGGAAUGUAACCGGACAUAUUACAAGGCGAAAAAACAGUGAUUUCAUCGAUUCCGGAUUGCCCAGUGUCUCCCUUUCCCUCUUUCCUUUCACUUUUUCUUCGGCUGUCACCAACUUUGUUCAAUGCUAGUCCCUAACCCAUGAAUAAGGGCUCCGCUGGCUACCGGGUUCAGAGAAGUUUGUAAGCUCUUUCUCUUUUUUCGUUUUUCGCCACCUCCUGUGUCUUUCCGUUUAAGGUCUUUAAUUCGGCAUUAGCUUCGUUAGAGAAAGCCAUGCGUGAACUACACAAAGCAUGGGAUCCUGAACACCACGAAAGAAAGCGUACUACUUUUCAAUAAGGUCCGACUUCAGAGAGGAGAGACAUGAACUUGUUUUAGGCGUAGAAAAGGCAUACGGUAUGAAAGAUUGAUUGAAAAGAGGUAGGGACUGGUCUCGCUGCUAAGGGAGAAGGAGACCUCUGUCGGAGCAAGCUAAAGAGCCCACUUUAUAUCGUCGAUUUCAGGUAAGGCACUCGAUCAAGCCUAUACAUCCGGGAAUUUAGCUCCAAACCAAAGACGACUUGCUUUGCUGCAUUUCUUGGGCCGGGGCUUUACUUGAUUUUGGCGAAAGAAAGGCCAUAUGAUCUACUUUCUGGUGCCGGUCCCUUCACAAAGAUAGCCCCUUCUUGCUCUUAUUCUUAUUCUUAUUCUUAUUCGGUGGAAUACAAGAGUUCUGAAGCUCCUUUCUUUCAAGUGAAAGUUGCCUAUCUUUCUUGGUUCGGAAUCCAAUCCAGUUGAAAACAAACAAUUGCCCGAUGGCAAAGUCAGAUGAAAGGCAAGGAGUGUAAACCACGUACGAGCGUGGCGCAGAAAGCGAAAUGUUUUGCAGCGAGUCAAGCGUAAUACGAUCAAAAGGAAAUGGGGUCGAUGCUAAAACUCAAACAGUUCCCCAGAGGGGGCCCCGGGUUGAAAGAGCGAGCUACAUUCUUUCAUAGAAGACAGAAAAUAAGAGGACUGAUGCUUUCUUACUUCAUCUUAAUAUAGGGAUGCUUUAUGUAGCUUCCAAUGAAUAGGAAACAAGAUGACCCAUGGGGCACUCAGUGACGUAUCUAAACCGUCUAUCCAGUACUGGCUUUUCACACUCGGGAAUAGAAACUGUCGGCACUUGAAGAUGAACGAAGCGAAAUUACCCCCCAAAAAAAGCCCUUAUACUCACCUUGGUGGGGACUGACUGCUCUCCCCUACGAAAGUAGCAUCGCGAUGCGGAGAUCAACAACACAUAUUCGCAUACCAUGCUUAUCUAUUGAUGUCGCAGAUCAGCGGCAACUCCCAUACUAAGUAUGAUGUCGCAUAUCGGUUGUCUAACUACAAGGGUGGAACCUUUUCUUUUUAACUAGUCUUAAAGUGGAUGUCGCAGCCUUGAGUUCUUUUUAUUGAAUUCACGAGAUUGAAAAUUAGGAUGGAAUGAAUAACCUGGAGAUAUAUUCCUUUUCUCAAAUAGUUCUUUAAGUUUUUUCUCUCUAUCCUUGGCUUAUUCAAUAGAGCUUUCCUUCUUUUCAUUAUUCGAUACUGCUGUGAGAUACUACGAGAGCUCGUAGGCAAUAUGAGAUAGAGCUGACUAAGAGAAAGAAGUAAGCGGAUCUUGCAGCUGUUUUCAUUCCUUUAUUUAGGUCUUGAACCUAUUAAGUAGAAGAUCAAGCACUGAUCUGAUGGAUCAAAUGCUUUCGGAUGAACUACUCGAUCAAGGGCUUCCCAAUAUAUUUACUAACUUCUCUUCGUUCCGCAUGAGAGAAAGUUAUAAAGACAGAUUUCCGAAUCGUUUUUUUAGUCAUGUUAGCACCACGCUUCGCUUUCCGGUAUCAGGUAUAUAGCAUUUACUCUUUCUAAGCUUUUCCGGUUAUAACUCGUUUAUGAUAUACCAACUGCGGCCUGAAGCACCAACCACCAGUAGCAUUUCAACCAAACCUUGUUUCUCGAUCAAAAAGAGCGCCCUUCCAUUUCUUUUUAAAAUCAAACGUAGAUAGGGACAAAAGCCUGGCCGAUAGAGGAAUAAGUGGAUGGGUCUACCUAUGGUGGUUUGAAGUCAUUCACAAAGCUACUCAGACUUUUAGUGGAUUUGAUGCCGGGUCUUAAUCCCCAACUAGAAAAGAAACUGAAACUCGAUCUCGAGAUAUGCCGGCCGGAAUGCCGCAGGCUCGGAAGGAGGUAACGUGAGGCAGGGUUGAUGUAUCAGAGGUGGAAAAUGGACUUUCUAUUUUGCAUUUCCAGAUGAAAAAACCAGACAAUGGGUAUUAGAAGGUGGACCCUUGGCACAUUGCUAACAUACCAUUACUGUUGAGACAAUGGCAGCCAAAAUUUCAGUUGAAAAAAUGGGAAAAAAGAAAAAUCCCAAUUUUAGAAAACUGUGGGGAGUUCCUAAGGAGUACAUUAAAAAAGAAGGACUGAGCUAUAUUGCUAGAGCUAGUGGUUUGGGGAAGCCUCUCUAGAUGGAUAAAGUCACUGAAAAAAAUACAAUAUUUGCUUUUGCAAAAGUAAAAAAAUACUUUUUCAAGGAUCUUGGAAACUAUCUUAGUAAUUACUUACUUAUUAAGGAGACGAGAUUGAGAUUAAAGCAGAAUAUGCAUGGAAGCCCAAAUCCAGUGCUGUUUGCUAGGAGUUUGGUCAUGACAUUAGCAGAUGUCCUAAGAAGAAGAUAGUAGAGUUUGCUCCUGUCAAGAAGAGUAUUGAAGCUGUUACUGAAAAGCAAUAUAUGUAAAAAGAAUAUAAGUUUAGAUUACCGGUCUGUCUCCUUAAUAAAGAGUCGAGGAAUAGGAGGAGAAUCCCCAGGCAAACAACUAGGGUUCCAGAUUCACUGGGCAGAGAAGGGAGAAUAGUAUCCUCUCACAGUAGGUGACGUUUUGGGCGAACUCACUAGUCUCCUAAUUAAUUCCCCACGAUAGGAAAAUAGAGAGAGCACAAGACUUUUAAGCACCUUAGGGGUUGAUGUAGAAAGCUUGCCGCGAGUCAACAAGGACCAGCGGUGUUGAGGCAACUUGCCGCAAGUCAGAGUAGACUUUAAGACCAACUUGGUGUAGAGACGACUAUGAUGGUCGGCCUCCACAGACUGAACGCGGGAGAUUCUUUCACCCUGUUUUUAGUAGUGCGAGGAGGAUAGAGCUCCCAGCAACGAGUGAUUGUUCGUACGAGCGAAGGAGCGAGCAUGCUUUACCCUUAGAGUGAAGUUGACAUUCACAGGUCUUGUGGGAACUCCUUCAGUUCAGGUAGCCAUAGUCACUCAGGGCUAUAGUGGUAGUAGCAAGAUCGAAAUUGUGAGAUUGGCUCGAUCACAAACUAUCAAGAAGAAAGAUCAAGAUUCACUUUUGUCGGGCAAAGAACUCUAUUGAGGAAAUGACUUCGCUCACUGAAGACCAAGCAGCAGCCAUUCUAGAUGAAAGGACACAAGCCUAAAACUUGAAUGCGGAUCUAUUUAUCUUGAAUUCCUAUCUUCAGAAAUAAAGAGUUGCCUAUCUUCAGAAAUGCUGGUAUAGUUGACUUGCCUCUGUUCUCGCACCGGUGUCUGCCAGGGUCUGAACCAUUAGGUAGAGGAUCAGCUGAAAGAAAAGGCAGACAGAGAUCUUGUGCCAGAUCCGUAUACAUUCAGCACCCUCAUUACAGCAUUUGCUAAGCAUGAAAAGUGGUUGGAGCUAUGCUUAUGUGCACGAAAAUGCAGGAGAAAGGAUGGCACCCAGAGACGAGGAAGGGCGUAGCAAGCGACGAAAUGCUUCGGGGAGUUGAAAAUAAGCAUAGAUCCGGAGAUUCCCAAAUAGGUCAACCUUUUGAACUGCCUGCUGAAUCCAUGAGCAGGCAAGAGACAACCUGGCGAACUGAAACAUCUUAGUAGCCAGAGGAAAA